GCUCUACAAGUUUCCUAUAAUUCUCCAAUAGAAUCUAUAUCAAUCUCUCGCAGCCCUAUUUAGUUCCCUUCUAAAAGUUAGGUUUUCUGUAAUUCUGAACUAUAUAAAUCUCUCUCAAUCUCGCGCAGUCCUGUAAUUCUCCAAGAACUAUAUCAAUAAUCUCUCGCAGGUCCUGUAAUUCUCCAAAAACUAUAUAAAUCUCUCUCAAUCUCUCGCUCGCAGUCCUAAGAACUAUAUAAAUCUCUCUCAAUCUCUCGCAGCCCUAAUUCCUUUUCUAAAAGUUUCCUAUAUCUCCAAGAAUCUCUAUAAAUCUCUCUCAGCCCUAUUUCCCCGCAAAUCGAUUUUUCCCUAUUCCUACACAUCUCCCCGUCUACCUGAGCCAUCACCGCCGGCGAACUUCUGCCGCCAUCUCACCCUUGCUGCAGGAGGAAGAUACUCGAUAAAUAAUUUCUCACCGCAACCUGAAAUUAACAAAAAAGCAAAGAAGGAAAGAUGUUUUUUCACAUAGUAUUGGAGCGAAACAUGCAGCUGCACCCUCGUCACUUUGGCCGUGAUAUGAAAGAUAAGCUUGUCUCCAAGCUCAUGAAGGAUGUCGAAGGCACUUGCAGUGGUCGCCAUGGGUUUAUUGUGGCAAUAACUGGCGUUGAGAGUAUCGGGAAAGGGUUAAUCCGUGAUGGGACUGGAUUCGUUACCUUUCCUGUUAAGUAUCAAUGUGUUGUAUUCCGACCCUUUAAAGGCGAGAUUCUGGAAGCUGUUGUUACCAUGGUUAACAAGAUGGGUUUUUUUGCUGAAGCUGGACCUGUCCAAAUCUUCGUAUCCAAUCAUUUGAUUCCGGACGACAUGGAGUUCCAGACCGGAGAUAUGCCCAACUACACGACAUCGGACGGAUCCGUAAGAAUCCAGAAAGAGAGUGAAGUCCGUCUGAAGAUUAUUGGAACCCGAGUCGAUGCCACUGAAAUCUUCUGUAUUGGCACGAUAAAGGAUGACUUUUUGGGCGUGAUAAGCGAUCCAGGCUCGACCUCGUGAAGUUGAUUCCGUGAUUCCGUGAUUCCGUUUCAAGAUUCCGUAUUCCGUUUCAAGAUUCCGUUUCAAGAUUCCGUUUCAAGAUUCUUUCAAUUCGACCUCGACCGUGUUGAAUCAAUCGUAUGUAAUGUUAGAACGUGUGUUGAUGUUUAGCAAUAUUAUAGGAAAAUCAUAAAUAUAGUUGGUAAUAUCUUUUACUAAAUGUUUGAAUAUUUUUCAACUGCAUUUCUGGAUAUUUGUGCCAACUUGCCCUUGUGCAAAAAAAUAAUUUAAUUAACAAAACAAAAAUUAUGCUGAA